AAAGCUAAGGCACUCUGAGAAAUAAUCAUUCAAAAGCGUUUGAUCAGAGUUUGGAUUGAUAUAUAGUUUUGUCUAAAGGCAAUAGCUAAACAAAGUUUAAUAUUGGAUUGUAAGAGGAAAAUGGAGUCUUACCAAAACCAGUCCGGAGCUCAGCAGACUCACCAACAGCUUGACCAAUUCGGAAAUCCAGCCACCACCGCAGCUCCGGUCAUAGCUGAAGGUGGUGGUUUGAGUGGCGUGCUUCAUCGUUCUGGAAGUAGCUCUAGCUCCAGCUCGGAGGACGAUGGACUAGGUGGAAGGAGGAGGAAGAAGAAGGGAUUAACCGAGAAGAUUAAAGAAAAGCUGCCGGGUCAUCAUCACGAGUCCGACAAGACUUCUUUAGGUUCCACCACCACGGCCAAUGAUACCGGCACCACCGUUCACCACGAGAAGAAAGGCAUGGUGGAAAAGAUCAAAGAGAAGCUUCCGGGUAGUCAUCAUUAGAUUCACGUUUUACCAAACUUGUUUGCGUAUGUUGUAGUACCAUAUAUGUAAUGCAUAAAUAAUAUUUUGGUGUGGCUGAGUGGCUCUUACCAGCCACAAAUAAUAUGACGUAGUUUUUUCCUUAAUCAA